ACGCUUGGCUACGACGUGUUGCUUGUGUGCGAGCGUGCGCGCGCAGACCGACUAUCCCCACUCCAUCCCCACCGCCGCGGCACCGUCCGUGCUAACGUUCACGGCUGGGAACACUGAUACUGUGGUUAUACUAUGGUAGUGUGGUGUAGUCGCUCUCUGCUAUCAGUUCUAGGUUCAGAAUUCAGAUUAGUUUUCGAUCAGUCUCGGGUGGUUACGAGUUAUUUUAAACUAAUUCUAAGUAAUUCUAACUAAUCCCUCCGGAUUAAUCCGAUUUCUGAUAAUUUCAGAUUUUUUAUCGGUUUCAAAUCAAUUAUAGAUCGUUUUCAGAAAAGCCUAAUGAUACUGCAUUACUAAAAAAGAAGGGAAGAAGAUAUUUUUUUUUACUGAGGCCUUAAAGAAAUAAUAUGUCCGCGAGUGGCACGCAUACAGAAAAGGAAUUGGAUUUGAGUAAUGCUGGCCGCGGUGUGUGGCUUGUCAAAGUACCCAAGUACAUAGCUAACAAGUGGGAAAAGGCGCCUGGCAAUAUAGAAGUCGGCAAAUUGAAAAUCACUAAAAAUCCCGGACAGAAAGCUGAAGUGUCUCUGAAAUUAUCGGAGGCUGUCUUAGCUUUGAAAGAAUCCGGAGAAGGGGAAAUACCAAAACAACAUAGAUUGGAUGUUACAACAGUCACCAGACAGAUGCUAGGAGUGUUUUCUCAUGUUUCCCCUUCUGCAAGUUCAGACGCGAUUGUUCCAGAAACAGAGAAACUCUAUAUGGAGGGAAGGAUCGUACAGAAAUUAGAAUGUAGACCAUACGCUGAUAACUGUUAUAUGAAGUUGAAACUGGAAAGUAUCAAGAGAGCCUCUGUGCCACAAAGACAAGUCCAACAGUUGGAUAGAGUUGUGCAAAACUUCAAGCCUGUAUCUGAUCACAAACAUAAUAUUGAGUAUGCUGAAAAGAAGAAGGCAGAAGGGAAGAAAAUGAGAGAUGACAAGGAAGCUGUACUGGACAUGCUAUUUGCAGCAUUCGAGAAACAUCAGUACUACAAUAUAAGAGACCUUGUAAAAAUCACGAGGCAACCUAUUGUUUAUCUAAAAGAAAUCCUCAAUGAAGUUUGUAAUUAUAACUUGAAAAAUCCUCAUAGAAAUAUGUGGGAAUUGAAACCGGAGUAUCGACAUUAUAAAGAAGAAGAAAAGCCUGCUGAGAGUACUUCAAAGAAAGGCAACGAAUCGGAGGAUGAUUGACUUGUGUAUAUAUAUAUGUUAGAUAUAUUUUUUUUAAUGUAAUACAUAACGUUUAGUAAUAAAUCUUAUCGAAUAAUA